CACAGCUUAACGUCUAAGUGAACUUACUUGGAGGUGGCUCAAAAGGGAAAGGAUACAGUUAACGUGAAUGAUUAAUUUGGGAAAUGGAAAAUGGUGCAACGCGAAUCGAGUCGUCUGGUUGGUAUUCUUUAUGAUGUUCCCCAUUUGGUUUUCCAAUUUCUACCUGAUGUUCCAAUGUUUAUUUGAUGGAAGCUGCAAACUUUUCUUCACUUGACCAUCUCCUCUUUAAAUUGGUUUCUGAAAACCGCUUAUUAUCUCCAAGUCCACAGUCCUUGUUUACUUCCAUGUUGAUCAAGUUCAAGAGAAGAGCCUUAUUCUGCAACAUGAUAUAUGGAGUUCUAUAACUAUUACGUCACACAAAGAGGUUUUCCCUUUUACGCUUAGCAUGAGGUUGGAAUGAUUCUUUUUUCAUUCAUGGGGAAACCCAUCAGUGAUUCUUUUCCUCGGAUUCAAGAUAUCCCCCCCGCAACACAGAAGUUUUCGAGAUGGUUCUUCCCUUUUAUGAAGCCUCUGUUGUAGGUGAACUUAAAGCAAGAAUUGCCUCAUGCAAAAUAUUCGAUUAAAGUUCUCUUUGUGGGCAGUUCUUUGAAGCUUCCUGUUUUUUCCUUCCUGAAGAUUUUUCUCGAAACAUUCUGAUAAGUUGCAGAAUGUUGGAAUUCAUCCUGUGGGUUCGAGCAAUUCUGUACACAUGGUGCAAUCUCCUCCUUCAGAGUCCAUACAGGUAUAUCAUGGGCUACAAUAAAGCAGAGAAGCAACCAGUGCGUGUUCUUGUUACUGGUGCAGCAGGGCAAAUAGGUUAUGCUUUGGUGCCUAUGAUUGCUAGAGGAGCUAUGCUUGGUGCUGACCAGCCCGUUAUUCUGCAUCUACUGGACAUUCCACCUGCAGCAGCAGCCCUAAAUGGUGUGAAGAUGGAGUUAGUUGAUGCUGCAUGUCCUCUGGUUAAAGGUGUUGUUGCCACAACGGACGUUGCUGAGGCUUGCAGUGGUGUAAAUAUUGCAGUCAUGGUUGGUGGGUUUCCACGGAAAGUGGGUAUGGAGAGGAAAGAUGUGAUGUCGCGAAAUGUCUCGAUAUACAAGGAUCAGGCUUCAGCUUUAGAGCAGCAUGCAGCUGCAGACUGUAAGGUGCUUGUUGUGGCUAAUCCAGCAAACACCAACGCUUUGAUACUGAAAGAAUUUGCUCCGUCUAUACCGGCGCACAACAUCACCUCCCUCACCCGUCUCGAUCACAACAGAGCUCUCGCACAGAUCUCCGAGCGCCUCAACGUUGACGUCAGUGAUGUGAAGAAUGUGGCGAUAUGGGGGAACCACUCCUCCACUCAGUACCCAGACGCCAACCAUGCUAUUGUCACCACCAACCAGGGAGAAAGGCCCGUUCCAGAGCUUCUUGCAGAUGGUGAAUGGUUGAGGGGAGAAUUCAUAAAGGUGGUGCAAGAGCGUGGUGCUGAAAUCAUCAAAGCGAGGAAGCUGUCGAGCGCCAUGUCUGCUGCUGGUGCUGCUUGUGAUCACAUACGUGAUUGGGUCCUUGGAACCCCUAAGGGGAGAUGGGUGUCCAUGGGAGUCCACUCUGAUGGAUCUUACGGCGUUCCUAGUGGUCUUAUUUAUUCUUUUCCUGUUACUUGUGAGAUGGGGCAAUGGAAUGUCGUGCAAGGCCUCCACAUUGAUGAAUUUUCUCGAGCCAAAAUGGAAGCAACCACCAAAGAACUCUUGGAGGAGAAGGCCCUUGCUUACUCUUGCUUAGCUUAACACACAAAAAGUAAAAAAUUUUAAUAUACAA